AUGGCAUGGGGCGGCCCCCGUAUGUUUUUCAGUGAGGUAGUCACCAACUACUACAACGAAGCACCGCCUACAAUGACCCUGGCUGUUCAUGUGGAGACAAACUCAGCAACAAACAAGCAAUAUGAAAUAGAAAAUUCCGAGGAGGAGGAGGAGGACGACGAGGAGGACGAGGAGGAGGACGAGGAGGACGAGGACGAGGAGGAGGAGGAGGACGAGGACGAGGAGGACGAGGACGAGGAGGACGAGGACGAGGACGAGGAGGACGAGGACGAGGAGGAGGAGGACGAGGAGGACGAGGACGAGGACGAGGACGAGGACGAGGACGAAGCCAGGGACGAGGACGAAGCCAGGGACGAGGACGAGGACGAGGCCAGGGACGACGAGGAGGAAGAGGAGGAGAAAGACGACAACGAGGAGGAAAUCAGAUAUACAAUCAUGUACAUUGUGCAUAUGAAUGUCACGACUUCUGAAAAUAAGGAAAUUGAGAGAAUUAACCCCUGCACUAAACAUUAA